AUGCCGGGCCCAGUGAUUGAACUAGAGGUGUUCCUCUACGGCUCCAACCAGAAACGUCUCGAACUGAAGUUAUCCCCUCGCCUGCCGCGCGAUGAUAUGCCCGUCGUUCCCGGUGGAGGUGAGCGCGAGGAGCACGUUAGAUGGCUCCUUCGGAGGAUGAGUUUCAGCAUGAAGCAUAGCGGAACUUGGGAGUGCGAGUUUUGUGGCAAACCAGCACGCGAAACACAAUGCCAGUUCAACUCAUGGCUGCAUUUAUCACCUCCAAGAGCCGUCGCAUACCUGCACGCGAUGUGCAGCACAGACCCUGGUCCCUGCAGAUCUGCGUACGACGCUAUCGACCGCCAGAUGUGCCUCAUGUCCGGUCAGCCGCUCCGUGGUCCCCAGUACAUCGCGCGCGAACCCGGCCAGAUCUUCCCCCUGCUCGCUGCCUGCGCGUCGUGCGAGGAGGAAAAAACCGCGGACAUCAACACGCCCGGGAAGACGACACUCAUGCGGUGUUCCGGAUGCAAGGUGACGCGGUAUUGCGGGACGGCUUGCCAGCGCGAGGAUUGGCCGGCCCACAAGGAGUUUUGCAAGAUCCUGAAGAGCGCGCGAUGGGUGCAAUGGGAUGCCGAAGGGCGUGAGAUUUUCUCGUCGACAGCGUGA